CAAAAAAGACAAACUUCAAAGAGGAAGGUGGAACAACCAAUAAGCAUUGAUCAACCGGUGCCAAAGAAGAGGAGUGAACAAAGGUCGGAGAGUGAAAAAGAGUCGAAGAAGAACUCUUCGAGAGGUUCAGCUUUGCAAGCUACUCCACUUGUUGCUGACACGGUCCUUCAAACGUUGUCUAAAGAUUUAACAUUUCUACACAACCGUGUUAGUAUGUUGCCUAGUGACACUCCCAUUCAAGUUCCACUACCUAAGGCAAUGUUCCACUUUGAUGAGGAUGCAGUUGCAUGGCUUAGCAAAGAAGAUGUGAAAGAAUUUCUAAGUGGUUCAAUGCUUAACAUCUCCCUCGUUCAAACAUUCAUGAGAGCACUACAGGAGCACUUACUUGAGAUUGAUUCUCCGUGUCAAGUAGGGUGGUUAUGCCCCGAGCAAAUCUCCACUACUAGAAUCUUAGGCAACUACCCUGACGUGUUGUACUAUGUUGAACGGGGUAUCAAGGAAUCAUUGCGUGCGGGUGACAAGUUCAUAUUCGCCCCAUGUUUUGAGGAUGCACAUUGGACCCUGCUGGUGAUUUGUGUUCCCAGUAACACCAUCUUCCUUUUUGAUUCAACUCGAUUGCCUCAUCCGAAAAAGCUCCUCGCACUAGUAGAAAAAUCGAAAAAGCCACCCCACUUUUGCCACUCGGUUCUUAAAAACCGGUGUGAAAAAUAACGGGGUUGAAUUUAGAUAACAACUUUUGCCACCGGUUCCUGAAAAACCGGUGCCUUAUCCUAAUUUUUUUUUGAAAAAAAAAAAAGGAGGAAAAGAGAUUUGCCACCGGUUCAAACCAAACCGGUGGGGAAAGGUAUUUAUACCAGCGGUUCGAACCGGUGGCAUUUAAAAAAAAAAAAACCCCGCCUAAUUACUACCUUCUUUUUCCUUCG